AUGUCGGUGGCGUUUUCCUCGGCGCGCCCCAGGAGUAAAGGGGAGGUGACACAGCAAACGAUUCAAAAGAUGCUGGAUGAAAACAAUCAUUUAAUACAAUGCAUAAUGGAUUACCAAAGCAAAGGCAAGACAGCUGAAUGCACACAGUAUCAGCAGAUCCUGCACAGAAAUCUGGUUUAUUUGGCCACAAUAGCAGAUUCGAAUCAGAACAUGCAGACACUACUACCUGCACCUCCUGCUACCAAUAUAUCUUUGGUCUCUGGAGGGAUGGGCCAAAGUGUGGGACAUGCUCCAAGCAACCUCAAUGACAACAUGGCAUCGGGACCUCCCCCCACAUCAAUGAUGCAGAGUCAAAUGAGCAAUGGCCCCAGCCAUGCCCCCAUGCAGCAGUCGGCCAUUCCCUCCGCAUCCCUCAGCCAGCCAGCCAGCAGCUACGGUAGCUCGGCCCCGACCUCUGGUUACAGCCACUCUGCGCCCUCUUCCCAGGGCAGCAUGAUCCAGGGUCCUGGGUCUGGCUAUGGCUCUUCUUCCUCCACACCCUCAGCCUCCUCUUCCUCCUCCCGCAGCAACCUCAACUUGCAGUCUAACCAAGUCUCCAUGAUGCAGCAACAGUCUGCCACUCCACACUACUCCUCAGCCCAGGCUGGGGGCCAACACUAUCAGGGACAGCAGGCCAUGGGUAUGAUGGGUCAGAGCAGUCAAGGAAACAGUAUGAUGUCUCAGAGGCCAAUGGGAUCCUACCGUUCUUCACAGCAAGGUAGGACCUGCAUGGGACAAGAAGAGUUCUACGGAGAGCGGUAUGGACACACUCAGUGCUCCAGCAAGCCCAUAAACCGGCAAUAUUACCCUGAUGGUCAUGGCGAGUACUCGUAUCAACAGUCUUCCUAUGGGGAGCAAGGCUACGACAGAUCCUUUGAUGAAUCUUCACAGCAUUACUAUGAAGGAGGAAACUCUCAAUACAGUCAACAGCAGGCUCAGUAUCAGCAGAGCUCUGGUCAGCAGCAGCCGUACAGCCAGCAGCAGUACUCCUCUCAACAAGGCUACAGUGGACAGCCACAGGGAUACGGUCCUGGCCAAGGUGGAUCCUCCCAGUAUUCUCAGUAUCAGCAGGGUCAAAGCCAACAGUACAGCUCCUACCGCUCCUCCCAGGGAGGCCCUGGAGCCCAGACGCAGAGGCCCUAUACCUACGAACAGGGUCAGUAUGGAAAUUAUCAGCAAUGAGGUUCCACCUUGUUUUUCUGCUAAAAGAGAGUGAAAAAAGAAACGGUUCUACAGGGUGUCGCUUGCUCAGCCGGAUCAGGAGAUCUGGCUGCAUCAGAUUAAUUUUUCUCUCAUUAAUCAUCUUUCUAGCCAAGAAUACAAACUCAGUCAAAUGUGAUGCUUUCUUCAUCUGUUUUGCUCCCUACAGUGGUCGUAAAAACAAUGUAGUCCAUUUGAACCUUUUAUAUGGAUUAAAUAGGGUACUAAAAGUAGCAGUAAGGAAAUUCGACGAGCUGCAGCCAAUCGCCUGUAUAAUUCUAUUAUUUUGCUGUCUAUGCCUUUCACGUGUCUUUUAAUGUUUAUUGUAUUUAACAAGCCUCUUGUUAUUGAUAAGUUUGGUGCGCAAAGCAGGCUUGUGAGACUGUGGUAAAAAAAAAAAAAAACUGAUUAGCCUUGAAUGAAUUUUUCGUUGAUAUUUAUCUUAAAGAUUAAGUGCAGCUCUUGCUUUAAUUCCUAGUUGAGACGCUGUUUUAUCUCCUGCUAAAGGAAAUGAAUUUUAUGAAGGUGAAAACGUUGGUCCUUAAACCUGACUUGAUCAGGGAGUUUGUCUUUUAGUCCAACUGUGAUGUGUUGCUGUGUGGUCUAACAUUAUGUGUUUUCACUAUAUACUUAUGUCUUUCUGAGGUAUUCGACACAGUAGUUAGCCAACUGAUCCAGACCUAAAGGUGUGUAUAAGUAUCCAUGAUAGUCAUACAGACUUGCGGCAGUAGUUUUGGUAUUUAUUUUGGGUGGCAUUCCUCUAAACAGACUACAGUUAUUGUAUUGUAUUGCGGAGUUUAGAGUUAUUGUGAUGCCAAUCAUUAAUGAUUUUACAUAAAAACACAUUGCCACUUUGUCUGCACUUUAUUCUGCAGUGACAGUGUA